AGAAAGUUUAUAAACUGACAAGAAUUCAUCGAGAUACAUAGCAACAUGACGGACAUCGAAACUGCCCGGACGGUCGUCGGAGCCAUCGGAAACGUGAUCGCCUUCGGCUUGUACUCCGCUCCAAUACCAACGAUGGUGAAGAUAUGUAAGAUGAAAUCGGUUGCAGAGUUUAUGCCAGAUCCAUAUAUAGCUACAGUUAUAAACUGCAUGAUGUGGGCCUUUUACGGACUUCCUUUUGUUACACCUGAUAAUAUCCUCGUCAUCACCAAUAAUGGAGUUGGUCUUGUCAUGGAACUCGUGUAUGUCAUCAUCUUCUUCAUCUUUGCUACCUCGCCUGUCCGCAAAAAGAUCACAAUAGCUAUCGUGAUUGAGGUGAUAUUCAUGGCUGUGGUGGUCUUCUGCACAUUGUAUUUUUUGCAUACACCAAAACAGAGAUCUAUGCUUGUUGGGAUCUUAUGCAUUAUUUUCAAUGUUAUCAUGUAUGCGGCUCCUUUAACCGCCAUGGCACAAGUAAUAAAGACAAAGAGCGUGAAGUACAUGCCGUUCUCCCUGUCUUUAGCCAACUUCAUGAACGGAGCCAUUUGGAUAGUUUAUUCAUGUCUUAAAUUUGACCUCUAUAUUUUGAUCCCAAAUGUUCUUGGAUGCCUAUCAGGAACAAUACAAUUAAUAUUAUACGCAGUUUACUAUAAAACAACUAACUGGAAAGACGAUGAUGAAGAUAACGAAAAUAGCAACUCAAAUGCUGAAAUCGAGCAAUCCCAAGCUUGAUAAUUGCAGCUACGGAUUGCACUUUCCCAUUUUUUUCUUCUGUUUUACAAGAAGUACCAUCAUCGAGUGGGUGAGACCAAGUUAGUAUCAGAAGAAAUGCAAACGAAAAUACAAAAAAAAAAGUGAAGAAG